GAGACCCUUGGAAAGCAGUAUACCUCGGAAUUUGUGCAAGAGUUUCGAAUUUAUUUCGGAAAUAACGGCGGUGACUACCAAAUACAUUCGCCUUAAUCCCACGCGAUGGCGCGAUCGAAUCUCGAUGAGGGUUGAACUCGUCGGUUGUAAAUACGAGGCUGAAGCGCUCAACUUCGACGGACAGGCCUACGUAAUGAAAGCACUGCGACGAGCCAUCUCUUCCUUAGAAGAUCGUUUCUCGUUCCGUUUUCGAACGAAUCAUCCGAACGGGUUGCUUCUCUAUUCAAGAGGAACGCAAAAAGAUAUCUUUGCUUUGCAGCUAGUUGAAAAUCAGCUAACUCUUAAUGUCGAUCUAGGGGGUGAAGGACAAAUUACAACGUUAAAGGUCGGAAGCCUUUUAGACGAUAACCUUUGGCAUGAUGUGUCAAUUCACCGAAAUCAGAGCGAUAUCACAUUCUCCGUUGACAGAGUCCUUAUACAACAGGUCAUUAAAGGAGAUAGCAUAAAAUUAGACCUCAAUCGGGAAUUCUUCAUUGGAGGCCUUCCAUACUUUAGCCAAGAAGGUGUAGUUGUAACGAAGAAUUUUACGGGUUGCAUAGAAAACCUCUAUUUCAACCAGACCGAUGUGAUCCGAGAAAUCAAGGAGGAUAAUCGACGCUGGGACUACCAGAUCUUUGGAGAGACCCUCUAUUCCUGUCAAUUCGAACAGGUUAUUCCGGUGACGUUCGCUUCGGACGCGUCAUACAUUCGCGUCAAUGGUUAUAUGCAACGGCAGAUGAACACGUCGUUCGAUUUUCGCACGUUCAACGAAAACGGAAUGCUUCUGUACAAUAAAUUCUCCGGAGAAGGCCAUGUAUUAGUCUAUUUGGAAAAGGGCUUGAUCAAAGUGGAACUGCAGGGUAAAAACACGCCAAUAGUCAUCCUUUCUCCGUUUGAUGAAAACCUCGCUGACGGCCGAUGGCACAAAACGAUGCUUGUUCUGCAAAACAACAGGAUAGAGCUGCAUAUUGAUCGCGUUCCUUCUAUUACCAGUCGUCGUUUCUCAAUGGAGACCGGCCAGCACUAUUUGAUAGGUGGUGGAGUUUAUGGUCGACGAGGUUUCCUAGGAUGUAUGCGUUUCCUGUAUAUCGAGGGUCGAUAUAUCAAUCCCCUCGUUCUGUCGCCUGACCAGCACUUCGACGCAGUUGUAUUCGACGCCUGCACAAUGCUUGACAGAUGCAACCCAAAUCCUUGCGAGCACAAAGGCGUCUGUCGGCAAACCUGGACCGAAUUCUUGUGCGACUGCACAAAAACGGGUUAUUCGGGUGCAGUGUGUCAUGUUAGUCGGCAUCCGCUAUCUUGUGAAGGGUACCGAAUUGAGCAUCCCCUUGAAGUAGAAAAAACCAUUCAGAUUGAUGUCGACGGCAGUGGGCCUUUAGCGCCAUUCGAAGUUCACUGCCUUUUCCAUUCCGACAACAGAACGGAGACUGUUGUACACCAUAAGGCGGAGCACGCCGUCGAAGUGGAAGGUUAUCAAGCUCAUGGAUCAUUCGUACAGGAUAUUGUUUACGCAGCUCCACUAGAGCAGAUCGUCGAGUUGGUGAAUCGGUCAACAUUCUGUCGGCAAACGCUUCGCUAUGAUUGUUUUAACUCAAAGUUGUUUGAUUCGCCCACGGAUGAACUGGGAAAUUUCCACCCUUAUGGGUGGUGGGUGAGCAGAACAAAUCAGGCAAUGAACUAUUGGGGCGGUUCAAUUUCCGGCUCCCACAAAUGCGCUUGUGGCCUAACCGAAAUCUGUGAUGAUCCAGGGAAGUGGUGCAACUGUGAUUCCGGCAAAAAUAAAUGGCUUAGUGAUCAUGGUGAUCUAACUGAUCGAAACUACUUACCCGUCCGGCAGCUUCGCUAUGGUGACACUGGCAAUAUGGGCGAUAAUCGUAAGGGGCUAUCUUCAUUAUCGGCCCUACACUGUGAAGGCGAUGAUCUCUUCGAUAACGUCAUCACGUUCCGUUAUUCUGAUGCCACCAUCGAGAUACCGCGUUUCAACUGGGCUCAUUCAGGCGAUAUCUAUUUUCAGUUCAGAACAACUGCAGAGAACGGCAUCCUCGUCCAUUCUAAAGGCUACCAAGACUUCAUAAAAGUGGUCCUUGUCGGUGGCGACCAAAUUCAGUUCCAGUAUCAAGCAGGCAACGGGCUGCUGGGCGUGAGUGUCGAAACAUCCUACAAAUUAAACAACGAUCAAUGGCAUUCCGUGCACGUCGAGCGAAACCGCAAGGAAGCUCGUAUUGUGAUCGACGGUUCCCAGUCGGCAGAAGUGAAGGAGAGGCUCGACCGGGCUCGCCCGUUCAACCUCACAGCUUCACGUCUUGUCAUUGGAGCAUCGGUUGAUUAUAAGGAAGGCUUUGUUGGAUGCCUUCGGGCAUUUUUAAUUAAUGGACAGCUCGUCGAUCUCAAGAGUCAAGCGCAUCAAGGAUUGUACGGUGUUUCAGUGGGAUGUGUGGGCAAGUGCAUCAGCAGCCCCUGUCAAAACAACGGAAUCUGUCUCGAAGGGUACUCACACUACUCAUGCGAUUGUCAGUGGACACCUUUCAAAGGUCCAAUUUGUGCCGAUGAAAUUGGCGUCAACCUCCGUUCGGAUUCGUAUGUGCGCUACGAUUUUGAAACGACGGUAUCUACUCUUGAGGAAUUCAUUCGUGUGGGCUUUACUACCACAGAGCACCAAGGAAUGAUUUUUGGCAUGUCAUCGAAAUCUGGAGAAUACCUAAAUCUGAUGAUGUCAACUUCGGGUCAUCUUCGGCUUGUUUUCGAUUUUGGUUUUGAAAGACAAGAGCUAACCGUCAAAAAUGAAAACUUUGCCCUUGGACAAAUACAUGACGUGCAGAUUGUGCGGUCGGAUAAGGGACGGCGUCUUUCCAUAUACGUCGACAACUACCCGCCGCAUAUUCAUACUUUCAACGUCGGCCACAAGGCAGAUGCGCAAUUCAACGAGCUAAAAUCCAUUUAUGUCGGCCGAAACGAGACAAUGUCGACAGGCGAAGGUUUUUCAGGUUGCAUCACUCGAGUGCAGUUUGAAGAUCAUGUGCCUCUGAGACGACUCUUCCAGGAGUCUCGACGAGCGAACGUUCAUGCGUUCCCCGACGACCUGCGUGAGGAUACGUGCGGCAUUGAGGCUGUCACAUACCCUGAAGAGCAGAGUGAGACUAGGCCGCCACCAACAUUGCCACUGGGCGUAUUUCGGGAAAGCUUCUUCCGGCCUGCACUCAAUGAAUCGGCCAUUUUGGGUAUCAUCUUUGCCAUACUCUUGGCAGCUUUUAUACUCAUGUGCUUUAUUCUGUCGCGGUUUAUUUCACGUCACAAGGGCGACUACAUUACGCAGGAGGAUCAUGGGGCACUGGACGCACCGGACGCUGAUACGGCCGUCAUGCAUGCCAAAACCGGACACCAUGUCAUGAAAAAGAAGGAAUGGUUUCUUUGAGUGUUUUCGCAUAGAAAAUAAUGUUUCUAUGGUGUUUACAUAGGCUGACGUCGAUUUCCAGCUUGCAGCUACAGGAUUUUUCAGCUGAUUCCUACUGAUCAGUUCACGGAGCUAUCUAGCAUAACGCUAGUCCUGAACUUGGACGCUAACUACAAGACUGAUUCUUUGUUUGGAGAAGAUUCUUGACAAAUCAACGAUCUGUCAUUUUUCGAGUGUGUCUCUCUAAGUUUUAGAUUAGUUACGCGUCAGCCACGAGGACUUUUGCGGGUACACAGAGCCCCUUUUCUGGAGGAAGGUUGCUGAUUUUCGGAUCAGACGUCUGCCGCAAAGCAGACUACAGCGGGCCAUAGUAUCCUAUUGCCUACCGAUGUAUAAUUAUUUAUCAUUUAAAUUGACAGAGUGCAGUCGCUAUGAAUCUUGAUCGGACGGGUUGCUUCCCCGUCUUUUUCGAACAGGACUAAAUACUCUAUUGAACUAAUGUUCGUUUUUCGAUUUAUCUUGAUUGAAUUUCAUUUGACUGAAUUAUGCAACGCACCAUCUUUCUUUUCACAUUGAUGACAUUAGUACAUUCAUAUAGAGUUUGUCCGUUUUGCGGCGUCACAAUCGGCUGAUCAAUGGUCGAUCAUGACGGCCAGGUUUUACAUUCAGCCAUAACAGCGAUGGUUUUUGUGGCCUAUGUAGAGAUAUAGGCGGCAUAUAUUCACAGUGGGUAAUCCGUUUCAAAACUCGAGUAAAGGGUUUCAUUUAUUGACACUAAAGACCGUUGAUGAGACGUAAAUGAUAGCGACUGCCGGAAUAAUCUAACAAAAAUUGUUAUACAAGUGCCUUAACAGACAAGCAUUCCCUGAUAAAUCUUAGAAGCCUUCAUUUAGGCGAAGCGGUAAAUUGUAAACUUUUUCACGCAGCCAUUUUGGAAAAUGGGAAUUCGAGCAAUCAAGCGAGGUAUAAAUGUUGUCCGAUUGAUGUUUGCAUAAAAUGUCUAACUAGCAAAGUUUUUUUUGUUUGCAAAGUACGUAAACGUAUCACCUUGUACACAAAUCCACAGAGGAUAAUGAGGAAUUUAAUUGUGUUGCGUAGCAUAUUCGAAAGGCCAAGGGAGAGCGGUGACGUUACAGAAUGGUGUAAAAGUCAACCCCGAAUUUCCCAAACGCCUGGUACUGGUACUAUAAACUCACGAUGUUUAUAAGGGUAUAUAGGUAUAUCGAAAUGGUAACAGAAUAAAGGAUCCAACUAAUGGAUAGAUAAAAUAAAUCUAGUUAGGUUUUUUUUACCCUGAGCAGGGUGUUGCGGGAAUGAUAAUAACGAAUCACUAUUAUUAAUUAUUACUACCGGUACUAGUACAUAUUAAUGUGUCGUGCGAGUUUUUUUCUACCGCAGAUAUAGCUGGCAAUGGUAACGAUGGAUCUAUUGUCAGCUCUGAACUGUGCGAACAAAUAUAAACCUACAGAUGUAAGUACGCGUAUAUCAACACAGCAGGUUUGCAAACGCUGUCGACAGACUUUUUUUUUUCAAAAAUUAAUAAUAAUGGCAAUAAUUAAUAAUUAUGAUCAUCAAUAAAAUAUACGAUACAAUGUUAAGAAAGAAAGAUUGGUCUUGCUACACUUUUUAAUCAUUAUUAAAUUGUAUGUCGGCUCCGUUGUUGUUAUAAUUCCUGCAUAGUGAUAAACAGCACGACGGAAGCUCUUUCCAUUAGGCUACGAGAGGCAGCUUUAGUUCAUAGAGGUAUGAUGUCUGUGUUUAAUUAAAGUGUAAUUGUGGAGUCUUGAUUUUAGGUUCUCGUUGAACUUUUUGCUUGUCUACCACUAAAGUUAACUUGUAUGUGAUACCCGCUCGUCACAAGCCCACAGGCUGGGCAUACGAAAAAUAGGAAGGGUCCGAAAUAUUAUUAGUUAGAUUUUUUUUUUAUCAAAAUCAAAAACAAGCGCGCAUGUUCUGGCUGCCUCCCAUCACUGGAGUUGAAGACGACAGGCUGAAGUCUGCUUAACAUUAUUGUUAGAAACGACACGUGCCACGGAAAAGUAUACCAGUGCAUUUGUUAAAGACGUUUUUAUCGUGUGGCUGAAAUGAGCUCACUAUAAAUCAUUAAUUUUCGGGAAAAAAAACUAUCAAUUGAAGGUGCCGUUGGUUCAUAUAGCCUCACGAGGUGGGGUUAUAUGGGUGGGUCACUAAUGAUUUCGUGCAGAAAACCCAGUGUUCUAACGAAGCUAAAAAGAAAAUACUGUCCCUCGUAGAAAAGACGGUGAUUGUAAGCUGACGUGUUAUAGGGUUAAAGAUUAUUAUUGAUCUGCCCCGUGAAGGUGGCCCAAGUACCGCUACAUCUACUAGUUGCACCUCGUUCGAGUAUUGAUGGAGUAUUAGGGCACUAUUUCUUUGAGAGAACUUGACUGAACUGCAGCCACUGCUGUAUAACUGUAGUGAUCCCUGCACAAAUGAGUACCUAUUGUGAGUUCUAUUUGUAAUGCGGUUCAUCUGUUCGGCCAUAUUGUUGUCAAAAAUUAUUCCAAUGUAACGAGAUGUGAGACGUUGUUCACAACAACAAAAAAGGAAUAAAUCAAAUAUGAAGAUACGAAGUUCAACUUGAUAUAUAUACAUAUAUCCGUAUGUCUAUUAAACUGAGCUGUACUUUGAA